UCCACAUUUUUAUUACUCUAUGGUUUAGAGGCACUCUAACCUCACUUAUUUCUCCAAUAAACCUCAAAAAAAACGUAAAACUAUUAAUUCAAAGUUGCACUCUCAAGAUUCGAAAAACUGACAUUGUCUACUUUUACUUCUCCAAUUUAUAUAGCUAGAGAUUGUCUCGUGUGCGUUUUUGUGAUAAAUUUCAGGGGGGCUGACUUGUCUUCCAUACUCCAGGAUACAAACAUUAUUCAAGUCGCUGUUGAUGCGUUGCCGAAGAAAAUUUGUGAAGUCGUCCAGUUUUACAUCUUCAAGUAGCGAUUUCAACACUACAAAGUGUUUAACCGAAAUGGAUAAUAGAAUAGUUUCAUGCAACGAAGAAUAUGAAUAUUCAAGUGAUGAAGAAAGUGAAGUUGAAGAUGAACCUUUUGUGUUGAGUAGUGAUAGUGAAGAUGAUGCAAUUAGGGACAUUUAUGGGAUUCCCAAAGACUUAAACAUUGUGUUUGUCGAUAUUGAAACGGCAAAGAAAGAACUAAAUAGCAAAGGAUUCGUUUUAAAGCAUUUGGAACAAGAUGGAGAGGUUGAGAGAAUUGUUUGCACUUGUGAUGGAGCAUUUCAGUGCUUAUAUCAUAUCAAAAUAGAAGAGCCAUUAAACAUUAAAGAAGAAGAGCCAGAAAUUCCCAAAAUAGAAGUUGAAACAACAAGCUUAAAUGAACUUAAAACUAAAAUGAAACUUAAACUUAAAAAUGAACCAGAAGAAAAAAAAAUUGAAACAAUUGCCUCCACCUCUAGGAUAUCUUCUCCAAAAUUAAAUAAUUCAAAUAUCAAAGAUAAAGACCAAAAAAAUCCGAAACUGAAGCGAAAACAAUACAAGUGUAAGAUUUGUGACAAAAUAUUAAACUUAUCAGGAAAGUAUCAUCAUCUACGUACCCACAAAAAACCGUUUGUUUGUGAAUUCUGUGGUUUGAGAUUUUCACUAAAAGGUAGUCUAAAGGCACACCUUCUACAACAUACAGGAGAAAAACCGCACGUUUGUGAAUUCUGUGGUCGCAGUUUUUCACGAAAGGACUAUCUAACUGAACACCUACAUCGCCAUACAGGAAAAAAACCAAUUGUGUGUGAACAUUGUGGUAAAAGUUUCAGAACUAAGCCAGUUUUAAAAACACAUCUACUUGUACACAAUAUAGGGUACGGUUGUGAAUUUUGUUCGAAAGUUUUCCGAUAUGAGAAAUCACUUAAUUCACACAAACAAAAUAUACAUUCGGAGGAAAAACCGUUUGUUUGUACACAUUGCAACCAAAGAUAUUGCACCUUAUUGGCAUUUACAAAUCAUCUGGAAACUCAUGGUAUUAAACGUAAAAUCCACGAAAGUGGCCCAUUAUUAUGUCAAAUUUGUGAUAAAGAAUUUUUGACAAAAAACAGAUUAAAAUCACACUUGUUGACUCACGGAGACCAAAAGUUUUCCUGUAGCUUUUGCGCUAAGGCAUUUAACACUAAAGCUCGACUUAUGGUGCACAACAGAGUCCAUACAGGAGAAAAACAAAACGUUUGUAAGUCUUGUGGACGAACAUUCAACUCUGUGCCGGGACUCCAACAUCAUAUGUAUUUCCACACUGGAGAAAAACCGUACGAAUGUAAAAUGUGCGAUAAAGCUUAUGUCCUGGCUGAAAAUUUAAAAUAUCAUAUGAUGGUUCAUACUGGUGAAAAACCAUAUUCGUGUCCACAUUGUGAUAAAAAAUCUAGGAGCAAAUUUGACAUGGAAUGCCACAUUAGGAUUCAUACGGGGGAAAAACCGUUCAAAUGUGACACCUGUUCGAAAGCGUUCCGGAACCCGAGAUAUCUCAAAAGUCAUAAAAAGAAGGCACAUUAAGACUAUUUUGCAUAAAAUAAAAAUGUAUUGUCUUGUG